GAUGGGAAUGAUAUUAGAGUGAGUGCAAAAUGAUGUGAUGUAGUUAAACAGAUCCAUGAAGGAGGCAUCAUUAGACUCUGGUAGCAUUCAAAAAAAGUUUGUACUCCUAGAGGACUCUCUAAAGCAAAUUCUUAAGGGACAAGAUGAUCUCAAAGCACUCUUUGAAGGAAGCACAGAAAGUAAUCCUGACCAGCUGAGUGUUCUCAACUCUCACACCAGGAAACUGGAUGAGAUGUCCUCUAUACUCUCAGCCUUGCCAAAUCAUGUGCAAACUGAAUUUGGGCAACUGAAGGGUGACACCUAUAGAAUUCUUACAAAGGAGAUGGAGGUGCAGCGUCCAGAGGAGGUGGAGCAGCAGGCCAACAUCCAUCUUCACCUCCCACCUAGCGGCUGGACCGCCCCUUGCAGCGAACAUGCAUAG